UCAAACAGUUCAUUUGUAUAUAAUUGAUCUAAAAUGAAUAAGAAUUUGUAUGACAAAAUAAUAAUUGUUAAUAAAAUAAAGACUAGAUUUUUUAUUUAAAAAUAAGAAAGAAAACAUUUGUUUUUUUUUAUUUUUGUUAAUUAUGAUAUAUCUAGGGAUCAUUGCGUGCAAACUAUUAAUAUCUAUUCUUUUAUUCUAAGUCAGAUAGAAUAUUAUCUAUUCUUCUUAUUGAUUGAUUCUAGAAUAUUUUCCUAGCAAUAGAAUAUACUAGGAAAUUGUAUUAUUCUAUAUUGAUAGUAUGUUAAAAAGAGAGAUUUUAUCAGUAGUAGUCGCAUGAAACUUUUUCUUUUAGCAUUUAAAUUAAUAAAAUCAUAGUUUUAAAGUAACAUAUAAACUAAAUAUAAUAUAUUUUUUGUUUGUUUUAAUAUCAUAGAAUCGACAAUUUUCUCCAUCAUCUGGUUCAAAUUCUCGUCCAUCAAAAAUAUUACCUGGACAAGCAUCACCAUCAUCACAUCAUCAAAAUCCAGGUUCCGUAACUCCAUCACGAUCUCCUGUUCGUCCAAUGAAUCCAUCAUUAUCAAAACAACAUCCUCAAUCAUCAACUAGUUCAUUAACACCAGCAAAUAGUCAUGAAAAUGUUAUUUUAUAA